AUGAAGAUAUCCAAGAUAUUCGUUUUAUUUAAUCUUAUAUUAAUAUCACAUUAUUUAACUUUUGGUAUGUCAAGAAGGGCCGCCAAAGGAGGUUCAUUUAAGAAGUUCCGAGACGAUUUGGCGAAAUUCGCAAAGAACAGGAAAGCUCUUCUGAUUACAUUAGGAUCCAUAAUAGGCGCAGCCGCAGUAUCUGCAGGUGUUGGAUAUGGUAUCUAUAAAAAGAAAAAUAAGAAAUAUAGAAAACCCGGAUAUUUUAAAAGUCAAGUCACAUAUACUCCUCCUCAAAACCCACAAGGCUCUAAAAAUGGAAAAGUUUCUGUUAUUGAGGCCAGGCUUGCUAAUCAGCCUAUCACAAAUUCUAGUAAAUCUGCCCCAGCACCAGCUAAAUCUGCCCCAGCUAAAUCUGCACCAGCUAAAUCUGCACCAGCUAAAUCUGCCCCAGCUAAAUCUGCACCAGCUAAAUCUGCCCCAGCACCCGCUAAAUCUGCCCCAACACCCGCUAAAUCUGCCCCAGCACCCGCUAAAUCUGCCCCAGCACCAGCUAAAUCUGCCCCAGCACCAGCUAAAUCUGCCCCAGCACCAGCUAAAUCUGCACCAGCACCAGCUAAAUCUGGCCCAGCUCCUCCUUCCAAUGUGGGUAAUUCCCCUGGUGUGUAUAGACCUACUAUGCCAGUUAGCAUCUAUGAAGCAUACAACUUAUAA